AUGUCUGGCACACAGCCCAUAGCCACCAGGAGGAUUCAUCAGCAUCACUUCACCGCGCCCGAGAGAUCACCUGUCCUGUCUGCUCCCCUCCUCGCGCCGAACACGAGCGUCAGUCCUGCCCAGGCGCAGCCACAGGCGCAUCGACUUAUAGCGGUGGCCAUGCUCAAAGAGUCGAGCCAGAGCCAGAGCAGAUUUGCUAGUUCGUCUCCUGUUUUUGGAUGGCACGACUCCUUCGCCGGGGUCGCUUGUCACCAAAACUCUGCUUCAUCACUGUUCCCAAUCCUCCGUCUCUGCCUGCCGUACCUCCUGCGAUCGCACAAAGGAACGACCAACGUGUGCAUGACGCCCCUGCUGACAUCGCCGGCCACAGAUCUCCAGGCAGCCCGCAGACAUCUACAGCUCCAGCUCCAGCAGUCGUCGCUAGCUAGAGCGGCAAUGGCCAAUCAGCCGGCCGAUGCGACCUCACAAGCUUCUCCCGCAGCUGCAGCUAUUCCCCGUUCCGUCCCUGCACUCCCCGAGUCCGACUACUCGGGGCGCUAUGCCUUGACACCCACGCCCGCAGACACGGGCUUCCUGUCGAAUCCCAACACCGUUCUCUACGAUGGCAACCGUUCGCGCGCAAACUCGGCCGCGUCGAGGACUUCCUCUGAUGUCAUGGGGCCGACCUCCAUGCCGCCGCCAGCGCCUCCCCCGGGCAUUCAACGAACGGCGCCGAACCCGUCCUCUCUCGCCAAUGCCCUGAGGGCCGUGAACGACGGCACGAAUGAGCUAUCCCUCAAGGACAUUCCAUUGCCGACCCCAAGUAACGAGUCUCCAUAUACCAAGAGCAUCUCGUCGACCGCGCCUACGUCGCCGAGGAUACCUCCUGUCAGACAGAACUCGGGCACACAGACCCCAAGAGUGCGCCCGCAUGCAACGACCCUCAACAUUCCCGGCAUGACAAAGUCCACGAUAUCGCCAGAUGGAAAGAUUGCCGACCGCGAUGUUGCCGCGAAGCUCGUUAUCAUCAUGGUCGGGUUGCCCGCCCGGGGCAAAUCCUACAUCACCAAGAAGAUCAAGCGCUAUCUGUCUUGGCAACAGCACAACGCCCGGAUUUUCAAUGUUGGCAACAGAAGGCGAGUGGCAGUCAUGUCUCCCGUCCAGGGGCGCCAGGAGAACCCGAUGGAUGCGCAUGCGCAAGUCGCUCAAGUUCUCUUGAAUGGCAGCGGAGCCAAGGCCCAGCCGCCAGCACAGGAGCAGCCCAAGGAGCCAUCCGACUGGAACCUCAACGACCCAAACGCAGGAUCCUCGAUGGACCAGUCUGCCAACUUCUUCGACCCCAAGAACGUGUCGGCUUCUGCAAUUCGAGAGCAGUUGGCCAUUGACACACUGGACGAACUCUUGGAUUACUUGCUCACCGGCGGCGGCGCCGUGGGAAUUCUCGAUGCCACCAACAGCACAAUCGAACGCCGGCAGAGGCUCUUUGAUCAUAUCAAGAAAAGGGAGCCCAAGCUUGGAAUCCUGUUCAUCGAGAGUGUUUGCCAGGACCCAAAUAUCCUCGAAGCAAACAUGCGGCUCAAGCUGUCAGGUCCUGACUACAGGGACAAGGACCCGGUCAAGUCCCUCGUGGAUUUCAAGGCCCGAGUCAAGCAGUACGAGAGUGCAUAUGUUCCACUGGGUGACUAUGAGGAGGAGCAUGCCAUGCAGUACAUCAAGAUGAUUGAUGUUGGCAAGAAGCUCACACACUUCGGUUUAGAGGGAUUCCUUUCCGGCGGGAUAGCUCACUACCUUUCAUCAUUCAACCUUGCACCUCGACAGAUCUGGAUCACCAGACAUGGCCAGUCGGCUGACAAUCAGCUUGGCAAGAUUGGCGGCAACUCAGGCCUCACUGAGCGCGGCCAUCUCUACGCUGCCUGCUUGUACCAGUUUAUCACUCAAAAACGACAGGAGUGGUUAGUCGAGCAGAAGAACAAGGUUGCUCAGUCUUCCUUCCCGCCCUUACCUGGUGACAGAUCACCCCCAUACCCUGAAAUGAACAGAGAACUCGAUGAGAAGAAUACAUGCGUCUGGACGUCAAUGUUAAGGCGAAGCAUCGAGACAGCCGAGUAUUUUGAGGCCGAUGAUGAUUACGACACAAAGGCGUUCGAGAUGCUCAAUGAGUUGAACGCUGGCAAAUUUGAAGGCCUGACAUACCACGACAUUGCCCGUGACCAUACGGACGAGUACACGAAGCGACAGAUGGACAAGCUUCACUACGUCUACCCUGGAGUUGGUGGUGAGGGUUACCUCCAGAUUAUCAGCCGACUUCGAGAUAUGGUGCGUGAGAUGGAGCGCAUCAAGGACCAUGUUCUCAUCAUUGGCCAUCGUUCUGUCUGCCGCGUUCUGAUGGCUUAUUUCAUGGAUCUCACGCGAGACGACAUUGCGGACCUGGAUGUCCCGCUAGGUAUGCUCUACGCCAUCGAGCCCAAGCCCUAUGGUAUCGAGUUCCACGCAUACAAGUACAACGAGGCGAACCGAUGGUUCGACGAGAUUCCCAACUACAAACCCACCAAGACGGUCGACGUCCACGCCUGA